AUGGCGAGACGCAUCUACAACGUUGCCGACUGGGCUCCGACUCAGGAGGCCAUCUACGACGAACCCUCGUCAACUUCCGCCAUACAGGAGGAUGCCGUCGACGGACAGCAUCAGACUAGGCCCUCUUUCCAGCAGCACCGCCUACGCAGCAUGAGCCUUUCCCUUCCUUGGCGGCGCAAGUCUUUCAUGUUCCACCCCGAUACCGAUCUGUCGAGCCACAUGGAAGAUCUUUCUCUCGAGCGAUCGCGAAGCCACGCCGGCCCCAGCGACGACCAGGCCCAGAAUCAGGGAACACCUCCGGCGGGACAUGGCAACGGCAAUGGCAGCAUUAAGGGCAUGAUCCGCCGGGCCUCGGUCUCGCUGAAGGGUAUCGUCCAUCACAAGAGGCACUCCAUCGGCGGCGCACACCUCGCUGAGGAUCCUAAUCAUCACUACGCACACCGCCCGACCACGUCGCACACGCACUCCCCUUGGCACCGCCUUCGUCAAGCAACGAGCUUCCGACACACCAAGUCUUCCCACGGCCACGAUGUGAACAGUGAGGCGUCUUCUUCCAACCAGUGCUUCCCGUGCAUGCCACUUCCCGGUAUCGGCGGUGAACCUCCUGUUAUUCCGUACCACACCGGUGGCGCCGCGAAGGCUGCCGCUGCUGCGCAGAACCAGGCUUUGCAGAACAAGUGGCUUCGUGCUUCUCAGGACGACUUCACUGAUCGCGAAAGCGGCAUCGGCAUCACCGUCACGACAUCAGAGUCGGAAACCGAAUUGGAGGAUGUAAACAUCAGCAGAAUCGACUUCAUCUCUCAGUUGCCCGUCGAGCUCGCGAUCCAGAUUCUGGCACACCUCGACGCCACGGCUCUGGGCACCGCUAGCAGAGUCUCUCAGUACUGGCAGCGGAUGAUCCAGAACCAGCACGUCUGGCGAGAGUCGUUCUUGAGAGAGAAGACGGGUACCUAUGCGACCAGCUUCCCAGUCCAGCCGGGAACUGGCCACGGAGUUCCCGCCAUCGCACCCAGCGUCGACUGGAAGCAGAUCUACAAGGUCAAGGAGGAACUUGACAUGCGAUGGAAGGAGGGCAAGGCGCGGCCGGUGUAUCUCAACGGGCACUUGGAUAGUAUCUACUGCCUGCAGUUUGACGAAUCAAAGAUCAUCACCGGCUCCCGCGACAAGACCAUUCGUAUCUGGGACAUGCGGACUUUCGAGUGCCGUCUGGUCAUCGGGCCUCCUGAGGUCGUCAACGACAUUUCCCUCCUCAUCGACGAGGACGGACUCCCUGUUCACUACGCGACCCUCCCGGAUAACCCACGCACGAACGCUUCCACGCCUUCUCUCGUCUCGUUCCCGACGCACCACAAGGCGUCGAUCCUUUGCCUGCAAUACGACGAGCGCAUGCUGGUGACGGGCUCUUCUGACUCGACCUGCAUCGUGUAUAACGUACGCUCAGGUUACCGGCCGAUCCGCCGCCUCCGUCACCACACCGCCGCUGUGCUGGAUCUUGCCUUCGACGACAAGCACAUCAUCACCUGCAGCAAGGACGUCAGCAUCUGCGUUUGGGAUCGCGCCACUGGCCAACUUCUCCGUCAGCUUCGCGGCCACUCGGGUCCAGUGAACGCCGUCCAGAUGCGUGGGAACACCAUCGUGUCGUGCUCUGGCGAUUUCCGCGUCAAGCUCUGGAACAUCGACACGGGCAAGAACAUCCGUGAGUUCCAAGGCCACACCAAGGGUCUCGCAUGCUCCCAAUUUUCAGAGGACGGUCGCUACGUCGCGUCGGCUGGCAAUGACAAGGUCAUUCGAAUCUGGGACGCCAACACGGGUGAGUGCUUGCGCGAGAUGAAGGCGCACGAUAAUCUCGUGCGCAGCUUGCACAUCGACUCGGUCAGCGGGCGCCUUGUCAGCGGCAGCUACGACACCGACAUCAAGGUCUUCGACAUGGAAACCGGGCGACAGCUGCUUGACUUCCCGCGAUGGCACGCUAGUUGGGUGCUGAGCGCGAAGAGCGACUACCGCCGCAUCGUCAGCACUGGCCAGGACCCGAAGAUCCUGAUCAUGGACUUUGGCGCCGACGUCCCGGGCAUCGAGAAUCUCGAGAGCGGCGGCCCUUGUAUGAUCGAGGCCGGAUACAUCUAG